AUGACGUCACUCGAAGAAGCAGAUGAUUCAUUGACGGUCAGGGUCGUGUUACACACAAAAAAAAAACGUAAACACGAAAUGCUCAACAAGUGUCUGUUGUGAAAAUAACUUUAUUUUACCGGUUGUGUUCAUUAAAAAACGGUCGAUCUCACACUUUACUAACAGCGAUGAAUGCACACGCACAGAACGUUCCUGAUUGGUUGGUGGAUUUGGAGAAAAAAAGGGAGAAGAAAAAGGGAUCCCGAUUGGGUCACGAAAUCGGAGCCAAUGCGAAAUGUAAUGUUUGCGAAGACGGCUGCCCAGGUCUGGAUUUGCAUUUUUGGCGAAAAACUUGCAAAAAUUGCAAAUGCCGCAAGGAAGAUCACGAUAUUCAUGACGACGAAUUGAGCUGGGCUCAAUUUGAAAUUUUGGGACAGAUGCGUUCGAAACCGGGAUAUGUGAAAGUCUCUAAAAUCGCCGAAGAGCCAGUGAAACUGGACUGGAUCCCGCCGAACGUUGAUAACGAAUUGGUCACCGACUACAUGGAACAACUGGAAUCCAGCAAUGUUCCGGUGAGUGGUAGCGAAGCCGCAUUUAAGCGGAAACAGCAAUUGCAGAUUCAGGUGCCGAAGCAUGAUCUUGAUUCCGUUUACUGCGACAAUUUGACCGAAAAUGAAGUGCAGCAGCUGGAAAAAUAUGCGGACAAAAUCAAAGAAAAAUGUGUGGGCCAAGGCGAUGUGGUGCGAAUUGAAAGCGACCCAACGCUUCCCGUCAGUCCAUUGAGCGUUACGGACGAAGACGCUCUAAUCAAAUUUAUCUUCAAACAAACGCCGAUACCCGAUCAGAUUGUCAUCGAUCGCAUUCUAUUUAGUGUCGUCGAUCAGGUCCAGUCGGUUAUGGGUAAUUCAACGAAUAUCAAAAACAAUCUUCAGGUGUGUGUUCCACUGGAAAGGAAAUUGAAUUUCGCACCAUCGACCAGAGAAAAGAUCAAAGAAGUCGAUGUCAAUGACGAAGUUGUACUGAGCACCGUUGUCUUCGGAGCAGUCUAUGACCGAAUCGUUUCCGAACUGAUAACAAAACAAAUCAUCUUUUCGAGUGAAUCGACUGUUGGCCAAGUUCAGAAGAUGAGGGCUGAAUAUUGGAACGAUCGCGAGUUGAGAAACGACUUUGACAAAUGUUUAAGGGAAAUUCUGGGUGGAGCACAAACCGAACCACUAGCUGUCUUGCCACUUGCCACUUUGAAUUCAGCAAACAAUAACUUUGGUGCCUUGAAUACCAACGUGGAAAAUUACGUUCCUCCGUCCGAUGAUAAUACGCCCAAUCGGAAUUUGAUUGAACCGAUGGCGAAUAUACGCAUUUCUGGAGAAAAUACCGUUGAGACGCCCAUGAAUCUGCCGUCGAACGGUCAAAUGAGUGCCACAUCAUGCCAAAGAUGUCACAUCAAUAUAAAAGUGGGAACAGUUGUAGUGAAAGCAGCUAGGGCUGGUAAAGAUGCUGCUUGGCAUCCGCAGUGCUUUACAUGCAAAACAUGCAACGAACUUCUAGCCGAUCUGGUGUACUUUUACCAUGAAGCGGAUAUAUACUGUGCCCGCGAUUUGGCAGCUAUACUGAAAAUACCACGCUGUAAAGCGUGCGAUGAGCUGAUCUUCACUAAGAAGUACACAGCAGCCGAAGGCUUCCAAUUCCACAUCAAACAUUUCUGCUGCUAUCAGUGCGAUCUGCCGUUGGCUGGCCGAGAAUACAUUCCAUGCGAUGAAACGAAUAAUCCGUGCUGUUUGGUGUGCUAUGAUCAUCAUUACGGCAAAAAGUGCCAAAGGUGUCAGCUGGCAAUUAAGCCAAGCGAGAAAGGAGUGUCGUGGGACAAAACCAACUGGCAUGAACAAUGUUUUCGAUGUGUGGGUCAAGAUUGUAAUAAGUCGUUGAUUGGACAAAGGUUUUGCAUAAAAAGUUCAUUUCCAUUUUGCAGUUCCAAGUGCAUUGGAACGAAAAAAUGAAAUGUAAAGAAUCAGUUAGGGCAUAGCACUGCUCCUAGCAUUAAGACUCGUCAGUCAAACAUCAAAAAGUUUCGAAUUUUUUAUCAAAGCCUGCGCAAUUGCAUCUACUGAUUGUUUUAACUCGCACGAAGAAUGCUUGUCUACUGUCGUAGCGAAAGAAAUGCAGCGCCUAUUUUCAGAUCGUCAGUCUCCAAACAUUUUCUAUGUUAAUUCUACUAGCAGUGCUAUGACUAGACACGAUAAAACCGAGUCAAUCACGCCUCUGAUGAUUCUAAUUCUAUUUUUAUAAGAACAGCGAUCAAAUUAUUGAAAAUAAAUCAAAUAUACCGUAACCUUG